AUGGUAAAAGAGGUUAGUAAAAAGGAAGUAGUAGUAGAAAGAGUAAAGAAGAGGGUGGUUAAGGAGAAGGGGGUGGUUGAGGAGAAGAGGGUGGUUGAGGAGAAGGGGGUGGUUGAGGAGAAGGAGGUGGUUAAGGAGAAGAGGGUGGUUGAGGAGAAGGAGGUGGUUAAGGAGAAGAGGGUGGUUGAAGAGAAGGGGGUGGUUGAGGAGAAGAGGGUGGUUAAGGAGAAGAGG